GGCGGCAGCACAACAGAGUGGUCAAGGUAAGACUUGCUGAGCCUCGUCUCCGACAGACUGCAACGCGGCGGGACGGACGCCACUUGCACUCAGGGACACUCAAGGAGAGGCGCUGAGGGAGGAGGAAAUAUCCCUAACCAGAGGGCCUCCCGCGGGGCCCCUUGGUGGUGCUGGUGCUGAGCUCCAUGCCCAGCAGCAGCUCCACGCUGCUCGCCGAGCUGCUGUCUAACAUUGAGGGUUCCGUAGUGAUGUUUGAGCCGCUGUGGCUCAUCGAGAAGACCAAGUGUUACAAAGACCUGGCGUGCGUGCAGCGCUACCUGGCGGAGGUGUUCACCUGCUCCUUCAAGGAGAACUUCCAGACCUGGCUCAAGGGGAAGGAUGGGUUCUUCUAUUUCUUCAGCCAGCAGGCGCGGGAGUGCCUUGCUCUGAGUGGAGAGAAGGGCGCCUGCCUGAAGGGCAUGGACCUGCAGGCGCUGUGCGCGGCGACGCCAGUGCUGGUGGUGAAGGUGGUGCGCGCCAGGCUGGCGUGGCUGCGUAACAUACUGGAGGACUCGCUCAUCAACCUGAAGGUGCUCCACCUGACGCGGGACCCGCGCGCCUCGCUGCGCUCCAUCGCCACCUUCGGGUGGAACAGUGAGCCACACUCGCGGUGCGCGGAGCUGGAGGACGACCUGCUGACGUACGAGGCGGCGCGGCAGUCGUUCCCCGCCAAGGUGCUGCAGGUGCGCUGCGAGCGGCUGUGUCUGCACCCUCAGCAGGUCAUCAGGGACUUGUUCCGCUUCCUGCAGGACGACGCCGCGCCGCCCGCCGCCGUCACUGCCUAUGUGGACCAGCACAUGCUGAGCUGCGCCUCCAGGAAGGGCACCAUGUCCACCUUCAGGAACAGCACGGAGGAGUUCCAGGCGUGGCGCUUCAAGAUCAAUGACAAGCAGCUCAAAGUCAUCGAGGCGGAGCCCGCGUGCCUGCGCGCCAUCACACACAUGGGCCACGCCACCUUCGGCUCCGAGGCGGCGGCCAGGAACACCUCCCUGCCGCUCAUACUCAACGCCACCUAGCCAACCCACGCCCGCCACGCCCCGCCCAACAAGCAUAUAGUACACUUGCUGAUAACUUAACCAUAACACUCUCUCUCUCUCUCUCUCUCUCUCUCUCUCUCUCUCUCUCUCUCUCUCUCUCUCUCUCUCUCUCUCUCU